UACCUGUUCAUGAAUUAAGUACUUCACUUCCCCAUUGUUCAGAUAGCAGGCAGACAUGGCGAGCAAAGUUGCAGUUCGUUUUGUGGAUAACAAUGUCAACAUGGCCCAGUGGAAUCAGUUACAGCAAUUAGAGACGCGCUACCUGGAGCAGUUGUAUCACCUGUACAGUGACAGCUUCCCCAUGGAGUUGCGCCAGUUCUUGGCCCCCUGGAUCGAGAGCCAGGACUGGGCGUAUGCAGCCAAUAAGGAGUCACACGCCACGCUUGUGUUUCACAACCUGUUAGGGGAGAUUGAUCAGCAGUACAGUCGCUUUCUGCAGGAGAACAACGUCCUUUACCAGCACAACCUGCGGCGCAUCAAACAGCACCUGCAGAGCAAAUAUCUGGAGAAACCCAUGGAGAUCGCCCGCAUCGUCGCUCGCUGCCUUUGGGAAGAGCAGCGCCUGCUGCAGACAGCAACCACUGCACAGCAGGACGGUCAGGUGGCUCAUCCCACAGGUACCGUGGUGACUGAAAAACAGCAAAUAUUGGAACACAACUUGCAAGACAUUCGAAAGCGAGUACAGGACAUGGAACAGAAGAUGAAGAUGUUGGAGAACCUCCAGGAUGACUUUGACUUCAACUACAAAACCCUGAAGAGUGCUGGCGAACUAUCCCAGGACCUGAAUGGAAACAGCCAGGCAGCAGCCACCAGGCAGAAGAUGACUCAGCUGGAGCAGAUGCUGAGUGCUUUAGAUCAGCUGAGAAGGCAAAUAGUAACAGAGAUGGCCGGCCUGCUAUCUGCAAUGGACUUUGUCCAGAAGAACUUGACAGAUGAGGAACUGGCUGACUGGAAGAGGAGACAGCAGAUCGCCUGCAUCGGAGGACCACCCAACAUCUGCCUGGACCGUUUAGAGACAUGGAUCACCUCAUUGGCUGAGUCGCAGUUGCAGAUCAGACAGCAGAUCAAGAAGUUGGAGGAGCUUCAGCAGAAGGUCUCAUAUAAAGGAGACCCGAUUAUUCAGCACCGUCCCGCUCUGGAGGAGAAGAUCGUGGACCUUUUCCGCAACCUUAUGAAAAGUGCGUUUGUCGUUGAGAGACAGCCGUGCAUGCCCAUGCAUCCAGACCGUCCUCUUGUCAUCAAAACUGGUGUGCAGUUUACCACCAAAGUCAGGUUACUAGUGAAAUUUCCGGAGUUGAAUUACCAGCUGAAAAUCAAAGUGUGCAUUGACAAGGAAUCAGGUGAUGUGGCAGCCAUUCGAGGGUCCCGCAAGUUCAACAUUCUUGGCACCAACACUAAGGUGAUGAACAUGGAGGAAUCCAACAAUGGCAGUCUCUCUGCAGAGUUCAAACAUUUGACUCUACGAGAGCAGAGGUGUGGAAAUGGAGGCCGAACAAACAGCGAUGCCUCACUGAUUGUGACUGAAGAACUGCAUCUGAUCACAUUUGAGACGGAAGUCUACCAUCAAGGCCUAAAGAUUGACCUUGAGACACACUCUCUUCCUGUGGUGGUCAUUUCGAAUAUCUGUCAAAUGCCAAACGCAUGGGCGUCCAUCCUGUGGUACAACAUGCUGACCAAUCACCCCAAGAAUGUAAAUUUCUUCACCAAACCUCCGGUAGGGACGUGGGAUCAGGUGGCUGAGGUGUUAAGUUGGCAGUUUUCUUCCACAACUAAAAGAGGACUGACCAUUGAACAGCUCACCACACUCGCAGAGAAACUCUUGGGUCCGUGCGUAAAUUACUCCGGUUGCCAGAUAACGUGGGCCAAAUUCUGCAAAGAAAACAUGGCAGGCAAAGGUUUCUCGUUCUGGGUGUGGCUAGAUAAUAUUAUUGACCUAGUAAAGAAAUACAUUUUGGCUCUGUGGAACGAAGGGUAUAUUAUGGGCUUUAUCAGCAAGGAAAGAGAGCGGGCCAUCCUCAGCCCAAAGCCUCCUGGGACUUUCCUGCUACGCUUCAGUGAAAGCAGCAAAGAGGGUGGAAUCACUUUUACCUGGGUCGAGAAGGACAUCAGCGGUAAAACUCAGAUCCAGUCGGUGGAACCGUACACGAAGCAACAGCUUAACAGCAUGUCAUUCGCUGAGAUCAUCAUGGGAUACAAGAUCAUGGAUGCCACCAAUAUCCUCGUGUCACCGUUGGUUUACCUCUAUCCAGAUAUUCCUAAAGAGGAGGCGUUUGGCAAGUACUGCCGCCCGGAGGCCCAGCCUGAUACUGACUUCCCUGACCCUGGAUGUGUAAUUCAGCCGUACCUGAAGACCAAGUUCAUCUGUGUCACCCCGUGUCCUUCAAUCUUCAUGGACUUUCCGGACAGUGAACUGCUUGGGAACGGCUUCCCAGGGACUAACUCUGGCAACACAAGCGAUUUGUUCCCGAUGUCCCCUCGCACGCUUGACUCUCUCAUGCACAACGAAGCUGCGGAGGCCAAUCCUGGACCUCUUGAAUCCCUCACUCUGGACAUGGAGUUGAGCUCAGAUCAUGCCUCACCUAUGAGAGAACCGUUUCCAGCAUCGACAGUCGCAGAUAUGGACACGUGUCGGAAUGCUUAAUUUUCAUGCAUUUUAGUUUAGCCUUUUUUAGUAAAAACAGUUAUUGUCAUGUACAUAAUAUAUGCUUAGGUGAUAUAGCCGCCUUCUCUCUCUAAGCCAGUUCUGUGCUCCUUUAUAGUAUUUACAGUCAUAGCCAAAAGUGUGCAAACUUGGUCGCUAAGCCAUUUGACAAGGAAGUGUUUAUCUAUUUUUAAUAGUUUGACUUUUGUCAAAUGGCACCAUUUUGUUGGGAAAUUACAUGUUGAUUAACCUUAAAGUGUUAAAAUUCGUAAUGUAAAUUACAGACAGU